UUCCUGUGAAACAGAGUUUGCUGUGGGCUCCUGCGGAGAGCCUGCCUGGCUGUUAUUGUUUACGGUCAGACUAAUGUAAAGUAGGUCAUGGAAAAAGGGAAGCUUUGCUAGCCACUCGUUCAGCUGUCGUAUAUAAACUAUCCAGCAAUAGGUGGCUUCAAGGAACAACGUCUGUGUCAGUGAUUUUUACGUGAAUGCUGGUUGUGAACAACAGGCAGCAGCUGGACUGAUGCUGUUCCUCCAGUAUCUGGAUUAAAACCCGAUCUGCCUGGCAGGCUCUUCUACUGGUGAGACUCUGUUGCUGCCAUGUCCAGGCGAAGCAGGAACAGUCGUGCAUGGCGAUACGUUUGGGGUGGGAUACGGCGGGAUGCUGAUGCCCGGGCGCUUGUGUUGGCCACUGAGAAUGAAGAAUGGAGUUAUGAUCGCCUAGAGUACAGUGAUUCAGACUCUGAGGCGGACUUUUCAGCAGUGAUGGUGCCUCCAGUCCCCAGUGCAGUGCCAGUCACUGGAGAGUCCUACUGCGGCUGCGAUUCCCAGGCUGAGACCAAUUACAACCCUCGUCUGCGUGGUUUUCACCAAGUGAAAGACUGUCACUGUGGAGAGGAUGACCAAGAGUUUGACUGGGUUUGGGAUGCCAACAGCCGAUCAACAGCAACAUUACUGAGCUGCGACAAUCGCAAAGUGAACUUCCAUUCAGAGUACAGCUGUGGCACAGCAGCAAUCCGUGGCUCUAAGGAGCUGGCUGAAGGGCAGCACUUCUGGGAAAUCAAGAUGACGUCCCCAGUGUAUGGAACAGACAUGAUGGUUGGCAUCGGUACUUCUGAGGUCAAUCUAGACAAAUACAGACACACAUUCUGCAGCCUGCUGGGAAAGGAUACAGACAGUUGGGGACUUUCUUACACUGGCUUGUUGCAUCAUAAAGGGGACAAGAUGAACUUCUCCUCCCGGUUCGGACAGGGGUCCAUCAUUGGAGUCCAUCUGGACACGUGGCACGGCACACUGACUUUCUUCAAGAAUCGCAAGUGUAUAGGUGUUGCUGCCACAGAGCUACAAAAUAAGAGGUUUUAUCCGAUGGCGUGCUCCACCGCAGCGAAGAGCAGCAUGAAGGUGAUCAGGUCCUGCUCUGCACCCACCUCUCUGCUCUACCUUUGCUGCGCUCGCCUUCGCCAGCUGCUGCCGGACUGUAUAGACACGUUGGACGUGCUGCCACUGCCACCUGGCCUUCGUCAGUUGCUCCACAACAAACUGGGUUGGGUGCUCAGUCUUAAUUGUGGCACCACAGAAGACACCCCAGAUGGACCUGAGCGCUCCUCACGCUUGCCUGCCCCCCCCUUGGCUGGACCGUCCUCCUCUGAGAGUGACUCAGAAGGUUGUACAUCUGACCCUGAAGCCUGUCAGAGGAAGAGAUGCCGCUGGACAUGACUGGACAUCUCAAAUCCUACCUCCUCUUAAACACUGGUAGACGUUACUGUCUUAUGGCAUCUAAUCUAGUGUUUCCUACCUGCCUCAAGCUUUCCUCAACAUCAGUGUUGUCCAGUAGUGAAGAAAAUAGCCAGGAUCAGAGUGCUAUGUAGGUGGGAAACGGUGACAGCGGAACUACUGCCUGCACGUUUUUACUGUGAUCUCCUCUCAUGCCAUUCAGAUGUCUUCAUGCUCAUCAUACAUUCAGUAUCCAAACCAGCUUCAGUAAUAAGUGAAGAAUGCUGUGUUGUGUUGUUAGCUAGCAUAACUUGUUGCCAUGCGUGUAUGGGGAUUUGUGAAAUGGUGUAGGGGUGGACUGUACAGUGUAACACUGAAGUCACUGUGGCCAAAUUUUGGUGGUCAUCAUGGCAUAUCUACAAAAAGGGGGUUUCAGAAAUGAGACUGUAUAUUUUCUGUGUUUUCAUACUGUAUGCAAAUAAUGUACGUUGUUCACAACCGAAAUACUGUCAGAGCAUUAUCGCAGUAAUCUGUUACCUGUUUUACUGGCAUCUGCAAUUUUCUGUUAGGUUGACAAAGUGAGAAUUAGUGCGACACUAUUUCCCAUGAGUUGGUCAGACAGGAAGUUAAAAUAGGUCAUACUCUUUAUUUCUAACCCACAGGUUACAGCUCUGAAGCAAAAACUGUCAAAAAUGUGCGAUGAAUGUACUUUGCAGCUGUUAGUCCUCCAAAAAAUGAAAAUACUCCUUUCGUGGAACGGCCAUCAUCUUCAAACAACUUCUACACCUAUGAUUCCUCGUCAGAUAAUUCUUGUUUCUUGAGAAACUUCAGAAAAAGUUGCAAGUCAAAUAUUUGUUACAUUUAAGGCAACAUCCAUCUGUCACCAGCUUUUUAAAAUCUCCUGUUGAAACCUGAUAAACUGAACUAUGGAGUUUGUCUUUUCUGAAAGAUGUAGCUAGUAUAUGUUUUUAUUUAGUGUAGCUCUUUUAAAUCUGAUCAUGAGAUGUGUGUCACUCAGAAGAGACUGCCACACAUUUUACGCUAACUUUUCAUCACUCUUACACCUUAUGGUUUCUUUUAGAGCUUCUUAAAAAACAUAGUUUCUUUAAUUGACUAAAUAUGAGAUUAUGAGCAGUUUUAAUAUUAAGCUUCUUUGUACUUUAUGCAAGCAUGUUCCAUCACUUCCUUUACCAAUUCUGGACUGUAAUUUAUUAAGCGCGUACUCUACUCUAAAUACUUUUAGUAUGAAACACAGGCCCCAUGGAUCAAAAAGAUGGCAGCAAUAAGUUGUUCCCCAUUUAAGUAUUCACAACAGAAAUUGAGUUUCACUAUGGUUAUAGAAACUUCUUGCACUGCUCCUGCAGCAGCUUAGCAUGUUUCUUACAAUAAUAAUUUUUAAAAUAUGGCUGAAAACACAGUUUACAUGUUGCGCUACUGUGAUCACAAUUCUGACUUAAACUGUAGAGUACAUGGAACAACAGGAGAGAUGUGGAUAAUGCUGCAGGUGUGGAAAAACAAAAUACAAACAUUUUUCAGUCAACUUUCAAGCCAACAUGGGCUGAGGGGUUUUGAGAUCAAUUUAAGUAUUAAUUGAUCAUGAAUGACUGAGGAGGGGAGUGUUACCCCUGGGUCAGACAUGGAAAUAAUUCUUAUGUUUAGUUUCUUUGGAGUAUAAAACUAUAACAAUGUAUGUAUUAAAACAGUGUUUGACACAGGUGUUGAAGCUACACCGUAUGCCAACUGCUGCCUCGGUCACCGGUGUUUGAUCAUGUGCUCUCCUCAAGGUCUUGGUUUAAGCUAACAUUCACAAAGACUAAAGGUACUAUGCAAUACAAGCAUCUUAUGUAAGAAUGGUUUUCAGCAUUGGGUGUUGAAGAAUGUCAUGACGGAAGCACAGACACAACAGUGGUGAAGGUACCAGAGGACCAUGCUCAUUAGUCAUGAGUGUUGUGAUGUUACACACUUAAUUCUGUCCAGUUCUGUAAUGAUUUAUCAGACGUAUCACUAUAGAUCUUGUAAUGUAACCACCAAGAGGUUAGUUGUAGUCCAGCAUAUGGAUUUUAUGUCUUUUUUUUCACAGUAUCUGUAUUCACAUUGAUGCAUCCAAGCACUUUUUCUUACUGUUCUACUGUAAAUAGGAAAAUCUAAGUGUUUCUUCUAUAACAUGUCAUAUUAAUAAUAAUGUAUGUGAAGGCCUUUAAUCAUCUUUUUCUGUAUAACUUAUCAGCAUGAUUUUCAGCUGAAAAUAAAAUGAAUGCUAA